AUGGCACGAUUCCAGACGAGUCGCGAUCUUUUACUACUAACACUGAUAUGUGUGUUAUUGGGAAGUGUGUCUUGCCACAAAGUUCUGAUUCUUCCGGGAAUCUCCGUUGGUAGUCACUUUCUAUACUUUGCUAAACUCGGUGAGCAUUUGAAGAGCAAAGGUCACGAUGUUACAAUGUUGUUAGGAGAAAACAACAACGCCCUGAACAAAAUACCUCACAUUGUAGACAGUUUCCACUUUGAGAAAUAUACCACUGCCAUGGACAACGAACUUAUGACCAAGCUGGACAAGAUGCUUACAAAGUCUCUAAAUGGACAGUUUAAUCCUAUGGAUGUUAUGUUUAUAAAUAAUGCUUUAGUAGAAGAUUGUGUGUUACUGCUCGAAAACCAGGAACUGUUUCAACGCUUAAAGAGAAAAGAGUUUGAUAUCAUACUUAUCAACAACUUUGCUGCAUGUACAAUCCUUAUGUCACAAAAACUAGAUCUACCGUUUGUCAUUGUAUCCACCAAUCGACCGAUGACAAUGAUGGAUGCAUAUUAUCUCAAUAUGCCGAGCCCCAUAUCAUAUGUCCCAUCAAUGAUCUCUGGACUCUCUGACAACAUGAACUGUGGUCAAAGAUUAAGUAACCUUAUCUACCGUAUUAUCGGUCAUUUAAUGUAUAGGUUCCUGUUUUUAGCUCCUUAUGACGAAUUGAAACUGAAGUAUGACAUUAAACCGGAAAUGGGUAUGAUGACAUCAUCUGGAAGAAGCGAGAUAACAUUAUUUGCUGUAGACUGGGCAUUGGAGUUUCCAAGGCCAAUAAUGCCGAAUACGAUAUUUCUUGGUGGUUUGUUAGCUUCACCACAAUCCCCUCUCACAAAUGAGUGGGUUGAGUUUAUGAAGUCUGCUAGACAUGGGGUUGUUAUAUUAUCUUUUGGUUCGACGGCGGAUCUUGCAUCCUGUCCCGAAAAAGCGGAACUGGUUUGCGCCGAGCUUGCCAGAUUACCACAGAAAGUAAUUAUGAAAUAUAAUGGACCUCCACCAAUAACUCUUGGUAAUAAUACCAAAUUGACAAAAUGGAUGCCACAAAAUGAUUUACUUGGGCAUCCUAACACCAAAGCAUUUGUAACUCAUGGCGGCAUGAAUGGUGUAUAUGAAGCUAUAUAUCAUGCUGUUCCAAUUGUUGGAUUUCCUUUGUAUGGUGAUCAUUAUGAUACUUUCAGCAGAGUAUCUAGUAAAGGCAUAGCAGUUAUUCUUGAUAUUGGUACGCUGACUCCAGGUGAACUCUACAAUGCUGUAAUCAAAGUUAUUAACACUCCCAGUUAUAAAGAGAAUGCAAAGAAGAUAUCAGCUAUACACAAAGACAAACCCAUGUCAGCAGGUGACACUGCUGUAUUCUGGAUUGAAUAUGUCAUCAAACAUGGCGGCCAACACCUCAGGGCUGCAGCUUUUAAUCUGAGUUUCAUCGAAUAUUUUUUGAUCGAUAUUGCAGUCUUUCUAAUUGUGGUAAUUGCUGUCGUCUUCUUUGUAUUAAAGAAAGCGAUAACUGUAAUUUGUAACAUAUAUUGCAACAAGAAGAUCAUCAAGAUGAAGGUCACUUAAAAGUUGUGUUUUUGAUGUUGAUUAAAGUUAGUAUUUGUAAC